UUGGAAUUUUUUGCAAGCAGGACUGAACCGUUUAACUAUUUGACCUAUCGAACUGUUUUUGUUCAGUACUCAUGCGUGGAUACCAGUCCUCUUUCAAUCUAUAUAUCUCAUCCGUUUUGGAAUUGGCUGGUCACAUGGUACCCACGUACGUGGACUCCUAACGUUCUCACACUUGUCGGAUGGUCGUUUGUGAUGGGCUGUUUCCUGCUCGAAUCAGUUCUCGACUAUAAUCUCACAUCAAACAGUGUCGACUCCAAUCACCCUAUUCCUGAUUGGUUUUGGUUGGCAGCUGCAAUUUGUACAUUUAUUGGUCACACAUUAGAUGGAACAGAUGGAAAGCAGGCAAGACGAAUUGGAGCCAGUGGACCAACGGGGGAAUUAUUUGAUCAUGGUCUUGAUUCAUGGUCCACUGUUCCUUUCACUAUUACGAUUUUCUCAGUGUUUGGAAGUGGAGAAUUCAGUCUUUCGCCUGUUCGCUUACUUCUUGUCUUAAUUAGCGUCCAAAUUGUUUUCAUUGCUACACACUGGGAGAAGUACAAUACAGGAGUCCUAUUUCUUUCAUGGGGUUAUGAUGCUAGCCAAUACUCACUAAUGUUUAUCUACUUAUUCACCUAUGUUGUUGGUUACAAAUGGUAUCAGUUCUACGUUUUUGAUGGAAUUACAGCGCAAAUGAUAGUCUUUUUAGUAUGCUGUCUUGGAUCUGUCGCCAUGUCGGUGUACAAUAUUUGGCAUUCCUAUGCUAUUGAGAAGACAUUCAAGCAGCCAUCUCUUUGUGAAGCUAUUCGCCCGUUAAUUCCAUGCGUGAUCUUGUUCAUUGUCUCGUUAUUGUGGGCCCGUUUGUCACCCACGGACAUCGCCGGAACGGAUCCACGAUUGUUCUUUUUUUCGAUGGGCACAGUAUUCAGUAAUAUUGCUUGUCGCUUGGUGAUCGCACAGAUGUCAAAUGAACGCUGCGAAGUAACAAACGGACUAUUAUUGCUCUACACAGUGGUUGCAGGUACGUAUCUCAAUUUGUAUUCGAUCUUACUGUUGUCGAAAUGUACAACCUACUAA